AUGCCGAGCGCAUCAUCCCCCGUCACAUUUCCCGCCAGUUCAUCACCGCCCGCAGCGAAACGCCCAAGGCCGGCGGCGGCUGACCCCACGAAACCAAAACCGAAAGUCAAUAGCGGGUUCCUUCUCGACGAUGAUUCCGACGACAACGAUGACAACGAGCAGCAGCCUCCGCUGAAGAAGCAGAUAAUUGAUUUUAGCGCCCGCUUGCAGCGUCCGGCACCCAUCACCAUCCUUCCAGGCGACGAUAUCUCUGAGCCGGUAGCACAAGCACCUGGAAAGACAGAUGACCGUAUUGAAGUUGCGCCUGCACAAGUUGCUGCUCCUGCUCAACCCCAAAGCCUGGCGUCCACACUGCUCCAAGCAACGCCAUCGAUCUUCAAAUCCUCAAGGACCUUCAAUCUCACCACCUGCGCCGGGACCACCACCGCCAUUAAGCAACGAAAGCCGACAGCGAACGCAUCGUACGAAAGCAUUAUUGCAGCGCGGUCCAAGACAAAGGAGGGAAAGGCCAAGCGCGCAUACUACGGCAUAGCCAUCAAUGAGCUUAUUGAUAAGGCCAAAAGUGAGGCCUCGGAGCCACGUCCACAGAGAAGGGAGAACGAUGUCCCUGUGCGGUCAGUCGAGCCGCCUCAUGCCGGCAAACAUCAGAAAAAGACCCUCCUGUGGACCGAGAAGUACAGGGCCAAAAACUUCUUGGAUCUUUGUGGCGACGAUGGUACGAACCGGAUGGUCCUCCGCUGGCUGAAGCGCUGGGACCCAAUUGUGUUUCCCGGCGUUGCAAAGAAGGCCCCGAUCGUGCGAAGGCCAGGCGCGAAGCAGGUCCAGGAGGAGGAGAAGCCGCACAAGAAGAUUCUAAUGCUGACGGGGCCACCGGGACUCGGAAAGACGACUCUGGCUCACGUCUGUGCGAGACAAGCGGGCUACGAUGUGAUGGAAAUCAAUGCCAGUGACGACCGCAGCCGGGAUGUCGUCAAGAACCGGAUACGAACUUCCCUCGGAACCGAGAGUGUCAAGACUGUCGAGAACGUCAAGUCCAAGGAUGGAGAGAUGCAGCAAAAGGUUGCCAAACCGGCUUGCGUCAUUGUGGAUGAGGUUGACGGUGUGGUGGGCGGCUCCGGCGCUUCAGGAGAGGGUGGUUUCGUCAAGGCUCUGAUUGAUCUCGUGCUCCUCGAUCAAAAGAACAGUGCUGGUGGCUCCAAUGCCUCGUACUCGAAGAAGAAGAAAAAGGGAGACGACUUUCGCCUCAUGCGCCCGCUCGUUCUCAUCUGCAACGAUGUCUACCAUCCCUCUCUCAGACCUCUUCGGCAGUCGGGAAUGGCAGAGGUCAUCCACGUCGGAAAACCGGGCAUCGAUGCUGUUGUCACGCGCCUGAAGACCGUGUUCGACAAGGAGGGUAUCCCUUGUGAAAAGGACGCGGCGCGCAAGGUUUGCGAGGCUGCCUGGGGCAUGACCAGCGGCAUCGAUGCGAAGCGUGGCGCGGAGAGUGGAGCCGAAGGCGAUCUUCGAGGAGUAAUGGUUGUUGGCGAAUGGGUUGCCGGUCGCUUCAGAGCUGCCGCCGGCUUCAAUGAGCGCUUGACCAGGCAAUGGCUGGACCAAAACGUGAUGCACGAUCUGACCGAAGGCGCUGGAGGAGCCAGAGGACUUGGAAGAGGAAGUGCAAAGGAUAUCGUGUCGCGCGUCUUUCAAGAGGGCGGCGGGUUCCCGAAGCAAGCCCUGGACACCUCACAAAAUUUCAAGAACCAACACGAACAUCCCAAAGCUCAGCUGGGCUUUGCGGAAUACCACAAAAAGAACGCCAUGGAGCGACUGCGGCACAUGAUUGACACCAGCGGAGAAGUCGAACGGGUCAUGACUGACGUCUUCUUGGAAUACCCGAACCGGGAAUUCAACGACGACUCGUUCCUUUCGAAACCGAAUGCGGCGUACGACUGGAUGAACUUUCUGGACACCUGCUCGUCACGCACGUUUGGAAGUCAGGAGUGGGAGCUGGCACCGUACUUGAGCCAGCCGAUCCUGGCCUGCCUCAGCUUGUUCGCCUCAUCCAAGCGGCACCAAGUCAACAAAGGCUACGACAAGAAAUGGGGCGUCGCGGAGGAGGACAGUGAACCGCCUGUGCCGUUCUCGGGUCCUCGAGCCGAUUUUUCCGCCUACGAAGCGCAGAAGCAGAACAGGGCCAUGCUCCAGGCCAUACAGGCGCAGCUCACGCCAACGCUGGGGCGGUCGUUCCGGAGCGCGGAGGACAUAUCGACGGAGUUCAUGCCGUAUUUAGUUCGGAUGGUGUCGCCCGACGUGAAGCCCGUCGUUAUUGGGGGUAGCGGCAUUAGCACGGCCAGCGUACGGAAAGAGACGGAGAAGAUCAUGGUCAAGCGGGCGGCGGAGAUCAUGGCGGAGGUCGGGAUCGAGAUGCAGAAGGGCAAGAUCGAGACUGAUUCGCUGGUGAACAGGGGGCCGCAAUGGGUAUACCGCAUGGAACCUGAUCUCGAUGCCCUUUCGUUGUAUGAGACGGCAGGGAAUCUGGUACUCUCCAGCCAAGCCCCAACCCGGUACGCCGUUCGUCAGGUGCUAGACCAGGAGCUGCAAAAGACCAUCAUCCUGCGCGAGGCCGCGGCCCGCCAGGCGCGGUUCAAAGUCGGCGGUCCCCUGGGGGCGGAGGAUACCCCCGCGCAGCACCACGUGGACAAGGAGAACGUCAUCAAGGAGCAGGAGAGGAUACUGGCGUCGAGCGUGAAAAAGGACUUUUUCGGGCGCGUCAUCCCCGCGCGGCCGUUGGGCGAGGUGGAUGGUAACGCGAAGAGGAAGAAGAGGUACGACGGCGGGCACGAAGGCGGGAAGAGCGACAACAAGGUCUGGGUCACGUACCAUGAAGGAUUGAAUAAUGCCGUCAGGAAGCCGGUUACGUUGCAGGAGUUCAUGAAGGGUUUGUAG